AUGAAGCGGCGCAAUGCGGACUGCAGCAAACUCCGACGGCCGUUAAAACGGAACCGAAUCACUGAGGGUAUAUACGGCAGUACCUUCCUGUACCUGAAGUUCCUGGUGGUGUGGGCACUGGUGCUACUGGCAGACUUUGUGCUGGAGUUCAGGUUUGAGUACCUCUGGCCAUUCUGGCUCUUCAUCCGGAGUGUGUACGACUCCUUUAGAUACCAGGGGCUGGCCUUCUCAGUAUUCUUUGUGUGUGUUGCGUUUACCUCGGACAUCAUUUGCCUCCUCUUCAUCCCAGUGCAAUGGCUAUUCUUUGCUGCCAGUACCUAUGUGUGGGUGCAGUAUGUUUGGCACACAGAGCGAGGAGUCUGUCUGCCCACUGUGUCUCUAUGGAUACUCUUUGUGUACAUAGAGGCAGCCAUCAGAUUCAAAGACCUGAAGAACUUCCAUGUGGACCUAUGUCGUCCUUUUGCUGCACACUGCAUUGGCUAUCCAGUGGUCACACUGGGCUUUGGCUUCAAGAGCUAUGUAAGCUAUAAGAUGCGCCUCCGGAAGCAGAAAGAGGUGCAGAAGGAGAAUGAGUUUUACAUGCAGCUCCUGCAGCAGGCUCUGCCUCCAGAGCAACAGAUGCUUCAAAGGCAAGAGCGAGAAGCAGAAGAAGCAGCAGCAGCAGCUAAAGGCAUAUCUGAAGUGGACACACCUCCAGUGUCACAGAAUGGUGCCCCAGCCAAUAAAAAGACAUCGGCACUGCCUGAGUUAGAGUAUAGAGAAAAAGGGAAAGAGGGAAGGGGCGGCGGGGACGCUAAAAAACAGCACAACAGCAACAGCAUCCUGCCAUCAGUGGACUCUAAACUCCAGGAGAUGGAGUAUAUGGAGAACCAUAUGAACAACAAGAGACUGACCACAGAGCUGGGCAGCACAGAGAACCUGUUGCUUAAAGAGGACAACAAUUCCUCCUGCUCAUCCUCCUCCUCUUCCUCCUCCAAAAACUACAAAAAUGCUAGCAGCAAUGCCGCCACACUCAACUCCUCGCCCCGUGGCCAUAGCGCUACCAACGGCAGUGUGCCCUCCUCUGCACCAUCCUCCUCCUCAUCCACAGGGAAGAAUGAAAAGAAGCACAAGUUAGCGGUGGGGAAGGGGACAUCAGGUGGCUCCCACAGGGAUCCCACAGACAACUGCAUCCCCAACAACCAGCUGAGCAAGCCAGAAGCACUUGUUAGAUUGGAGCAGGAUGUUAAGAAGUUGAAGGCAGACCUGCAGGCAAGUCGGCAGGUUGAGCAGGACUUGCGCAGCCAGAUUGGCUCACUGGGCAGCGCUGAGCGCUCCAUACGCACUGAGCUGGGCCAACUCCGCCAGGAGAACGAGCUGCUGCAGAACAAGCUCCAUAAUGCUGUGCAGGCAAAGCAAAAGGACAAACAGGCAGUUGGCCAGCUGGAGAAGAGGCUCAAAGCAGAGCAGGAGGCUCGAGCCACUGCAGAGAAACAACUCGCAGAUGAAAAGAAGCGAAAGAAGUUAGAGGAGGCCACAGCAGCCAGAGCAGUAGCAUUAGCAGCAGCAUCCAGAGGGGAGUGUACAGACACGCUGCGGAGGCGAAUCACUGAAUUAGAAACAGAGUGUAAGAAAUUAACAAUGGACAUCAAGCUAAAGGAGGAUCAAAUCAGAGAGCUUGAAUUGAAAGUUCAGGAGCUUCAUAAAUAUAAAGAGAAUGAAAAAGACACAGAGGUGCUGAUGUCAGCGCUGUCAGCCAUGCAGGACAAGACCCAGCACCUGGAGAACAGUCUGAGUGCAGAGACCAGGAUCAAACUGGACCUCUUCUCUGCAUUGGGAGAUGCCAAGAGACAGCUAGAGAUUGCACAAGGUCAGAUCCUGCAGAAGGACCAGGAGAUCAAAGAUCUGAAGCAGAAGAUAGCCGAAGUGAUGGCUGUGAUGCCUAGCAUCUCCUACACAGCCGACACCAGCAGCAUGACCCCCGUCGCCCCCCACUACUCCUCCAAGUUCAUGGACACCAAUUCCUCUGGCCUCGACCCCAACGCCUCUGUUUACCAGCCACUCAAAAAGUGAAAGCUUCGUCUCGCCUCUUGCCUCCUUCCAUCCUCCCAUCAUUUUUUUUUUCCUGCAGGCCCACCACCUUCCAAUCUGCUCGGCAUGUCUGCAGCUGAGAACAUUGUUUUUCUUGGGUUUUUAUUUUCCUCCUCGCCAGGUCAGAAGGAUGUUGUAUUGUGUGACUGUAUUUGUUGUAGUUAAAACAAAAGACAAAAAAAACUUAAAAACGGACAUCACAUGUCGACUAGGAAGUCCCAGGUUUUUUUUUUCUCUGAAGUGUCUAGUGAAACCUCACAGAAUCGGGUAUGUAUCUUCAUCUUAAGGGUGUUGCUCUCCCUUUCCCAUCGCCAACCAUCUUCAAGCAGUUACCUGUUCUUUGGUCCUGGGGAGUAGCUGCUUAUUAUUUUCAGUUGAUUUUUCCCUCCUAAAAAUUGAAAAAGUUCUUCUUUAUCAUACUGUCAUACAGCCUUACUUAUCCCAAUUUAUUUGACAGAUUAUUUUUUUCCCAAGGUAUUAAGGCAACAUCUUUACAACCAGAGGAAUGUAGUGCAAAGUUGGCACAGACGCUCCCCUUGUUAUGUUUCAGUAACGCCAAAUCAACCCUGCUUUCAGCUGCUUAGUGAUUUGGUGGUAAAUAGUUUUUAAAGUGUGUCACAUGGUUCUAUUUGUUCACUCUAUUAGAUUUAAGUGUUGGUUUCAACAGCCGGAUGUAUUAGUUGCAAUAAUUUGGAAGAGAUCUUGUGUUGAAAAUGAAACAAACCCAAGCAGCUCCUAAUGUGUUUUUGCGUUGAAGAGUGCAGUAAGUGAAGAACUCUGUGUGUGCAAGUGUGCCAGCUUCUCAGUACUCUUCAGGUCUUUCAUCAGUUCUCAUGAUCACAGUGCCUUGAGUCGAGGACAUAAUGAGUUGAUUAUGAGGUUCGACCCAGUCCUUCUGAAUUAGUGGGGAAGCAUCUGGCUAAGCUGAAUCGGAUACAAAUUUGACCUCACACAGUGACGUGGGACAGAGUUGCUUUCAGAUGCUGAUUUGGUUUGUGGAAUCCCUACUGAUUUCCCAACUGGUGGGGAAGCUGAUCCAGUGUGUCCACUCCAGCCCACGUUGUCUCUCGCUUUAGUAACAUUCAACAGAUUCAAUGGACAGCACUAUUUCCAGUACUUUUUAUUAUACUCCUAUUUGCCUAUUCACAAGAAGUCUACUGCACACAGGUCUCUGGCUUUUCACGUCUACGCACAGAAGUUCAUCUCUGCUGCUAUUAAACCCCCAAAUCCCUCAGUUUUAGCUGCUGUCCCCGCUUGUUUCUUUUCGAUUUCCAAUUUGAAGUUGCACUGCAGAAAACAGAAAACGCGCUGUUUGAAAGGGAAAAAAUGUAAAUGAUAAACAAAGCUUUAGAAUUGCCAACUUUAAUAUAGCAAUUAAAUAAUCUUAUUUAAUUAAUCCUCCACUUCAGUUUGUGUGCCAAGACAGGAACGCUUGUUUCUCCAGUAAUGUGUAAGAAUGUACAGCAGAUACAUUGGCUGACAUGUUAGUCAAAUAUUCAGCUGAAUAUCACUUCAUGAAAGUUUCAGUUCAGCAGGUAGAGAAAGUGGUCACCUGUUUGUAGUAGACCGUGUAGUUAAAAGUAAGGGACUAGAAAAGUUUAUUUUUGUGAAUGUUUCAGUAUUUGCAGCUGUUUGGGCCGGUGGGUGUUAAAAUCAGUUUUCCGUUCUUCUGUUAUCUGGUAUUUAUGUUUUCCUGCAGGGAGAAAGUUGCUCGAGUCCGAUGGGGUUUCACCGUCAUCUGAAAUGGUCAUUGUUGUGCGUGUGGUUUUCACCUACUGUAAAUGCAGAAGCUUUUCUUUUUGCUCAGAUUGCUGUCAUUGGGUCCUGGAAAAAAUGUUGUGAAAAAUUACAGUUUAGUCAGUUGUUUGGUCAACUGAUUGUUGGAAGCAUAGAGAAGUGUUUUGUUUGUUUUUUGUUUUCUAUGCCCACAGUCACUGCUCUGUUUAUCCCCAGGUCUGACCUUGGCUAUGCUCUCGCUCUGUGAGGUUUACAAGGAAUAAACAUUUUUUUCUUGCAAUUUCA